AUGAUUUAAUAAACACAAGCUCAUCUUCCAAAGGAGUGGAUCGAAUUCUUACAACAGAUUCAAAACCUCGACCCAAUUGAUGUAGAAACAGUAACUUAAUAUGUAAAAGUGCGUGUCAACCACUUUCCAACCGAUUAACAAAUGGCAGAGUACUAUGAAGAAGUUUUUUCAAAGUAACAAAUAAUCAAUACUAUAUUUAGAUCUACAAGUGAUGUAAACAGAAAAAAGUGGCAUUAAUAAGAUAAAAAUCUACUCAUCUGGUGUAUGGCGAAGCACAUGAUGUCAUAAAAUCGACAGGAACUUAUCCCCGUAAAUUCUUAUGUAUAUUAUAUAAGAAUGAUGAUGAUUGGGAGUACGUAUCAAGAGUUCUUUGUGUAGAUAAAAAUCUAGUGGAGUUGAAAUGGAUAUCACUUCUUCAUUCUAAUUUAAAGAUCUCUCCUUGGUCAAAGGAUGAAGAUCAAAUUCUGAUUAACAUUGCCAAGUAUCCCUUUUUAAUUUAUAAUCAAGUGAUCAUUAUUAUAAAAAUAAUUGGACCGAGUUAACAAUCAAAUUCAAUUCUAUAUCUUCAACCCAGAGAUAUCCUAAGUAAAUACGGGAAAGGUGGAACAAUGUGUUGAAUCCCAACAUCUCUCGGUCCACUUGGAGCAAAGAAGAAAAAAUCAAAUUACUAUAAUUGAUUUUGAAAUAUGGCAAAAAAUGGUCUAAAAUCUAAGAUGAAUUAAAUGGAAGGAGCGAAAAUUAGAUCAAAAAUUAGUAUAAUGGAAUAAUAAGAAAUUUAAAAAGAUUUAAUGUAAACAUUGAAUCUAAUCAGUAGGUUUAAGAAAGUGAAGAAAGAUUGUUGAUCAAAGCAAUAAUCGAAAAUCCAGAUCAAAAGUUAAGUUUGACUGUUACCUAAUUCAUGUCGGACUUCUUGGCUAAGAAAGAAGCUUCAAAGAGUGUAGAAUCCCCAUAACUCCAUUAACUUACUGAGUCAUAAAUAUAAAAGAAAAUCUGUGCCGACUCUGUCCCUCAAGAAUCCGGUAUUAGUGCCACAAGUACUAUUAAUAUUUAUAUUAGACAUCUUAUUACAAGAGAAAUUGAAUUAAUGUAAAGAAAUGCAACAAUAAAUGAAGUAGACGUCUAUGUAAUAAAAUGCAUACUUCUCCUCUCCUCAACAAUAGCAAUAUUCAUAAGUGCCUAUGUAGUCCAGCUAGUGUUUUUAUAAUAAUAAUUACCCAAAUUAUUAUACAAAUUAUUAAUAAUAAAAUUAAUAAUACUUGCCCUACCCCAAUUAUAAUUAGAUAUAAUAGUAAAUGCCUUAUCAAUAAUAUCACUAUGGCUAUUAUUGACGAC